UACAGCUCUGGAGAGUUGUUGUCGGAGAGGGAGGAGGAAGGCUGAGAGUAGAUAGACGCAAAGGCUACAGUGUAAAAUAGAAAUACCACAUAAGUAGGUGAAAAUACAAACUUCACCAUGGCAUCGGGGGACACCUUGUACAUAGAAACGGACGGGUCAGAAAUGCCAGCCGAAAUAGUUGAACUGCACGAAAUUGAAGUAGAGACAAUCGAGACCACAGUUGUUGGAGACGACGGAGAGCACCAGCCUAUGAUCGCCUUACAGCCUCUUGACUCGGAUGAUCCAAACUCAAUUCACCCACACCAAGAGGUGAUUCUGGUGCAAACAAGAGAAGAGGUGGUAGGCGAGGAUGACUCUGAACUUCAUACGGAUGACGGUUUUGAGGACCAAAUUCUUAUCCCGGUGCCUGCCGUAGAAGAAGACUACAUUGAACAGACUCUGGUUACUGUCGCUGGGAAAAGCUCGUCUACAGGCCGGAUGAAGAAAAGUGGAAGCGGAAAGAAAUCGGGCAAAAGGAGCUAUUUGAGUGGGGGAGAAAUUGGACGCAAAUGGGAACAGAAGCAGGUCCAGAUAAAGACUUUGGAGGGGGAAUUUUCUGUCACUAUGUGGGCAUCGGAUGACAAGAAAGACAUAGACCACGAGGAGCAAAUCACAGGAGAAAACUCUCCCCCAGAUUAUUCUGAAUACAUGACAGGAAAGAAGCUUCCUCCAGGAGGCAUCCCAGGCAUUGACCUGUCAGAUCCCAAGCAGUUGGCAGAAUUUGCACGAAUGAAGCCAAGAAAAGUAAAAGAAGAUGAUGCGCCUCGAACGAUAGCCUGUCCACAUAAAGGAUGCACCAAGAUGUUCAGGGACAACUCGGCGAUGAGGAAACACUUGCACACCCAUGGGCCUCGCGUGCAUGUAUGUGCAGAGUGUGGCAAAGCAUUUGUGGAGAGCUCAAAACUGAAAAGGCAUCAACUUGUACACACAGGAGAGAAACCUUUCCAAUGCACAUUUGAGGGCUGCGGCAAGCGGUUCUCCCUGGACUUUAACUUGCGCACACAUGUGCGCAUUCACACUGGAGACCGCCCAUACGUUUGUCCCUUUGAUGGCUGCAACAAAAAGUUUGCUCAGUCAACCAACCUGAAGUCUCACAUUCUCACACACGCUAAAGCCAAAAAUAACCAGUGAGCUAUCCAUUGAAUGAACCAGGCUAAAUGCAAAAGCAGCUGGAGGAUUUGACCUUGUUCUCCGCUCCUUGACAGACUCGUGUUCGAUGGCCUGCUUUAUUGUGAGAUAAGUCCCUUUGUAGAUUCAAACAAAAAAAAUUACUUUUGUGAACUUUUUGAUAAUACACAUGGGGGUUUGAACAAGGAACUUGUAAUGACCCCAACCCUUUUGGCCUGGCCUCUCCCUUUUGGAUGGAACAUUUUACGGUUUCUUCUUAAGAAGAUAUGAAUUCAUGACUCUGCACCUAAAAUUGUAUUUAUACUUUAAUGCAGUCAAUUUAAAAAAAUUUUGCAAAUCAGUCAAAUUUGCAUUGAUCAUACGCAGUAACAACUUAACAUUUUUUUUUAACCUUUCCCCAAGUGUGCAUAUUGUACACUGUUUGACAUAAGCUCAGCGGUAAUAUAUGUAUCAAGAUUGUAUUUGUAGGUCUUCCUGGAAGAGGUUUGUUUUACAUCCCAUCUUUCUCCUUCAUAAGACAGUGAUUUAAAGGAGAUUGGGUUGUUUUUGGAUAUUUUCAUCAUUCUACAACGCAAUAUCAGAAAUAUGUAGAUCAUAGCCAUGUGAUUUUCAAUAGUGAUCAAUGAUUAAAAUGUUUUCCCCAUUGCA